AUGUUGGUCCUCGUGAGCGAAGCCUUGCUCCAACUGGUAGAACCCAACGUUCUGGUCAAAUGCCGAAAGUGUGAUGUCGAUCUUGUGCAGUCUGUGCUGCCGUCCAGUAUCGCGACAGUGCAGAGAGAAGCUAAUCUUACAGUUUCGGCGAAAAUCGACACAAAGAACUUUUUGCCUGACUCUUGCUGUGGUGGCGUUGAGAUCUCUGUAUGGGAUGGACGCAUUCGUGUGACCAAUACCCUGGACGCCCGGCUGGAUCAAGUGGCCGAGAAGUUGCUACCAAAGAUCCGGGAGCAGAUCUUUGGUGUCAACAAGAACCGCAAAUUCGCCUCUUAA